AUGGCUAAGGGUGAAAAGGAAGAGGCACCUAUUGACAAGCGGGUGCAAUGGCUUGAGCAACGUAUUAUCACGGCGUUGAAAGCAAAACCAGUAGAUACCAGAAAGCUUAUCGACAAUGAGGAUAGCCGUGGACAAAUCAAUGAGUUUCUUGACACAGCGGAUGCCCGACAUUUGUACGUAUAUCAAUCGUCUAGUGGAAUGCUUGUUGCUCGUAUUGAACCACCAGAAGAGCUGAAGAGAAAGGGAAUUUAUUUCUCAAAGACAAACCGUGAGAAAAUCAGUGAUGAUCAACACAUGAAAGAAAAAAUUGUUUUUGGUGAUUUGUGUCCUGAUGCUUUGUCUGGUCUUAACACUAUGACCCGAAAUGUUUAUGCCCAAAUUAUUAAGCGUGAAAAGAGAAAUGUGAGUCAGGUUCCUGAUGUUGCUGUGGCUGAACUCAUGGAUGAUACUAAUGGUCUACUUGCACAAAUGUUGGUUACAUUAGGCCUUAGUCAAGGUAAAACUCUUCUUCCAAUGCCUCCUGUGCAAUUACCUUCAAGGGUUGGUGAUGGUCCAUUUGAUGCGGAGUUUCUUUAUCAUUUAGAGAGUUCCAUUAUCGCCUGGACUGCACAGAUCCGAGCAGCAAUUGACUCAUCCCCGGAAGAAAUGUUUACUGAUCCUAGUACAGGAAAAGCAACACAUCCUGGUCCUUUAGAUGAAAUUGAAUUUUGGAAAAAUAAAACAGAUAACUUGUCAACUCUUGAAGAACAGUUGUACUCUGUAAAGGCAUUGAAGAUUCUCAUUAUUCUCAAGAAAACUGAGAGCAGCUAUUAUGUUCCGUUUUCUCAGCUUAUGAACGAACUUAAAGAAGCCUCUGCAGAAGCAAGGGACAACUACCGCUUCCUUAAACCGAUUCAACCCGAUUUUGAAGCUAUGUGUCCUUCUUUCCCUGGUCAUACAGAAUUCACACAAUUGGCAACAAGUGGAACAUUUAAAAGGCUUUUUCACUACUUAUUCCUUCUUUGGACUCAAUCAGGUUUUUACAACACUUCUACACGUCUUGUUGUUCUCCUUCGACUCAUGUGUAAUGAUCUUAUUGGUAUAGCUACUGAGCAUGUUAAUGUUGAAGAGUUUGCAAAAAGUUUCGAAAAAAAAGAUGCUAUUGGAAGAUUGGGGGAAACUUUGGCUAUUUGCGGUCAAUUUAAGGCCGCAUAUUUUCACUAUAAAUCAUAUGUAUCUACUAUAGCACGUCCCUGGAAAUUUCAAAAUACUGCUUUCUUUUCUAGAUUGGAUGUCUUUUUGGAGCGUUGUCAUGAUCUUUUGGAUACCAUGGAAACUGCUGUAUUGUUUGAUAAGAUGGAGAACAUUAAAGUUGGAGGUUCAAAAAGUCAAAUUCAUACCAGAGAAGCUGAAGAAAUUAAAGCUGAGUUUGAUGAGGCUUAUUUGAAAUUUUUUGGUGUGGAAUACAAUUUAUUGGACGUUGAUGAAACUCGCUUUGAUACAGAUUAUUCUAAUUUUCGAGCUACUAUUCGAGAACUUGAACGCCGUCUUGGUGCUAUACUUGUAACUACUAUUGAUGAAGCCAAAGCUAUUUCAGAAAUAUUUAAAGCAGUUGAUACUUUUGAUGGUUUUACUGACCGUACAGUUGUUCAACUAGAGUGGUUUAAAAAACAAAAAGCCGUUUUGGAUAGUUUUCACCAAGAUCUCCUUGUUGCUCAAGAGGCAUUUUACCAAGGCGAUUCAUUUGGAUCCUAUCCAAAUAUUCCUCCUCUUGCUGCAUCUGUUGUGAGAUGUAGUGCAUUGUUAGAUCGAAUAAAUGAAUCCUACAACCGUAUUGGAGAGCUUUCUCCAGCAAUUCUUGAAAGUGAAUCUGGUAAAGAGGCAAUGGAAUUAUAUGAGAAACUCAGGACAGCUUUGGAUACUACUAUUAAAGAAAAAUACGAAGCAUGGUGUGCAGAUGUAGGAUCUAUCAGCAUGGAUAAGUUAAAACUACCUCUUUUGGAAAUUGAUCGAAAUAAUAAUUUGAAGGUCAAUUUUGACCCUGCUCUUGUGAAAACUUUAAGAGAAGUUUACUAUUUAGAGGUUAUGAAUUCUUUUGACUCACGUGAUCGUCAGAAACUUGAUGUCCCCACUGAUGUUCAAGCUGUAUUUGAGAAGCGUGAAACUUAUCGUUCACAGACAAUGAAACUCGAUUACGUUAGUUCAACAUUCAAUAAUUUUAUGAGUUCAUUACGUCGUGAGGAUGAAAUGCCACUUAUUCGAGCAGAAUUAGAUGCUUUUGAGAAUACAAUUCAGCGUGGAACUACAGAAGUACGUUGGCAAGAUGGAAGUGAAGUUGAUUCUUUUAUUGAUGUGGCUCUACAAAAGGUUUCCGCCAUUGACCGAGUUGUUGUGACAUUUCACACCAAUGUUCAACUUAUGAUAGACUCAUUGGAAGAAUACCGCAAAAAUGACCGAUUCUUACCUCUCAAUCGUGGUGAAGGUAUGAAGACAAUGUCUGAACAUGAAUUAAGGAAAAGUCUUGAAGAUCACAUUAAAAACCGACAUCGUGAUAUUACUGAACGUGGAGAACGAAUUCAUGAACUUUUGCGAAACAGUUUUCAAGCUGUUAACCGACUUAAGGAAAGUGAGGGUUCACCUCCUAUUACAGAGGAUUGUGAAGCCUGGAAAAAGUACGUGGAAUAUGUUGAUAAGGUACUGAAAAAAUCCAUCAAUGAUUCUGUUAUUUAUUCGUUAAACUGUUUACGAAACCAGUUAGAUCCCGAUUGGAUCGUAGACAACGAAGGUAUACCACUUGUAGAGGUAAGGUUAUCUCUGACAAAGGGGUCAGGGGGAGUUACUCCAUGCUCACGUUAUGAACCCUACAUUCAAGGUGUAGAGCAGGAAGAUCAUUCAGUACGAAAACUCCUUGCUAAUCUUGUGUCAGGAAUAGAGGGAGGAGCGGAGUUGAUUAAACCUCUUAUUAGUGGUGAAAAUUAUUCUACUGAGGUAAGUAACAAUGAUGAAGUAAAACGAUUGAAGUCAGAAAUCGAUGCAUUGUUAACACAGAAUUAUGAAGCUUGUGAAGAGUAUCGUCGUAACUUUGAUGAAUUUAAGCAUUUAUGGGAAACCGAUAGAAAGAAGGCAUUUACUGCAUUUUUGGAAAAGGAUAAAGUUAUUAAACGACGCUCUAGCUAUUCGGAAGAGGACUUGAGUAAAGAAGUUCCACAACCGAGCAAAGAAUUUUUUGGCGUUAGCUUACAAGAUUUUGAUCGUGCCAUCACAGAUUAUGAACGUAUUGGUACAAGAAUCAAUAAUACUGAAGAAAGACAUGUAGAAGGAUUUGUUUCCAUUGACGUAAAACCUCUUCGUGCAGCAUUACGAGAUAUAUGCAAGAAAUGGAAGGAUAUGUACUCAGAUUAUUUGAUGAACAAAAUAUCAACUGAUUUGGAAAAUCUUUAUGCGUUUAUGAAGGAAGCAGAUAAAGGUUUAGACAUUGAAGUACUAGAUGGUAAUGUGGAGUCAUUAAAAUGUGCUAUGCGAUGGAUUAGAGAUUGUCGCCGAAAGAAUGAAGAAAUUGUAGGCAAAGAUGAAAAUCCUGAAACUGGAGGAAUGUUCCCUCCCAUUCAAGCUGCUAUUCGUAUGCUUAAAAGUCAUGCUAAUACUUCCGCUGCUGCAGAGGUGGAAUUGGCAAAAAUUGAGAGAUUGGAUGAAUUACGAAAACCUGCUCCUGAUCAAUGGAUUGCUCUCAAUAAAAAAGCCUUAAAUGUGCGGGCACAGAAUUCUAUCGUUCAAGAUAGAGAAGCUGAGAAAGUGAAGGAACAAGUUUUGCUUUUUGAGGAAAGACUCCGUCAAGAGGCCCAGGGAUUUCAUCAAAAACGUCUUUUUAGUUAUGCUAUUGAUCAAAGUAUUGUUUACGAUGAAAUGGAUGAAGUUUACCACCACUUUAUGGAAAUUGAAAAUGAAGCGAAGGAAUUACAAAAUCUUCAAGAAUUAUUUGAUUUAACUCCUGCACAAUUUAAGGAAAUUCGAGAGUGCCGUCAUGAUCUAAUGAUGCUAAAACAGGUAUGGGAUUUGAACGCACAUGUGAUGUCCCAAUUUUCUGAUUGGAUGAAAUCGACCUUUAAAAAUGCUGAUGUUUCACUUUUUGAAGAUGAGUGCAAAAAACUUUCCAAGCAACUUCAACAACAACCAAUGAAGGUAAAAUCUUGGGAUUGUUUUAAAGGUGUGGAUGAACAAGUUCGUAACAUGAGAACCUCAUUACCACUUUGUCAGUCUUUGAGUUCUCCUUCUAUGCGACCACGUCAUUGGCAACUUUUGGUGUCUACUACAAAGCAACCAGGUAGUAUUGAUCCUGAGGCUAGUGAUUUUACCUUGGAGAAACUUUUCGCUCUUGGUCUUCAUAAAUAUUCUGAGGAAGUAGCAAAUAUUGUUGAAAAAGCAGAUAAAGAACUACGAAUUGAGACCAAUUUGAGUAAAAUUAUUGGUAUAUGGGAAAAGAUGAUAUUUACUUAUUCAAAGGAUGAAGAUCUUGAUACUUACUUGUUGGAAUCUGUGGAUGAUGUUAUAGAGCAAUUAGAAAAUGAUAAUAAUGCACUUUCUUCAAUGCUCUCAGACCGGUUUGUAGAAUAUUUUUAUGAAAAAGUUAUCCUUUGGCAGAAGAAUCUUGGUGCAGUAGAUACCUGUACAGGUAAAUGGAUGGAUAUACAAAGGCAAUGGAUGAACUUGUACCCUAUAUUUGUUCGUUCUGAAGAUAUUAAGGUACAACUUCCCGAAGAUGCAAAGAAUUUUGCUGAAGCAGAUCGAGUUUUCCGACUUCUUAUGAGUAAGGCACAUAAGUAUGAUAAUGUUAUUGAGGUAAUAUGUAGUGAUACUCUAAAGAAAGAAUUAGAAAGGGAUGAAGAUCUUGACCAGACCCUUAACUAUAUUCAAGAUAUUCUGUCUCAAUGCGAAAAAGCACUUGCUGAUUACUUGGAAACAAAACGUAAAAUAUUCCCUAGAUUUUUCUUUGUAUCUGCGACAGACUUAAUUGAUAUUCUUUCAAAGGGUUCUGAUCCUAGAGCAGUAAUGGUACAUAUGAGUAAAAUUAUUGACUCUGUAGAUACUUUUUCAUUUGCGAAUAAUCCUAAUCCUCUAGCUGGACCGAAGGAUACAUAUGAAAUGAUUUCAGUACAAGGCGAGAAAGUGAGUCUUUCAGAAGAUUACACAUGUGAUGGUCCUGUUGAGUUAUGGUUAGAUGGUCUUAUUAUAGCGAUGAAAAAGGCGAUGAAAAAACAUAUAAAAGAAGCGAAUGCAAGUUAUAUUGAAAAACCACGAAAUGAAUGGAUUUAUCAAUAUCCUUGUCAAGCUAUUAUUGUGGCUUCACGUAUAUGGUUUACAACUGAAGUUCAUCAAGCAUUUAUACAAAUUGAAGAAGGUAACGAUUUGGGAAUGAAAGAUUGCUUAAAAAAUCAAAAGAGUCAACUUGAUAGUCUUAUUAAAGAAGUGCUAGUAGAUCGAACCUCCAAUGAACGUAAAAUGCUUGUUCAUCUUAUUACAAUUGAUGUUCAUAAUCGGGAUAUUGUACAAGCUAUGGUAGAUGAACGUGUUGAUGCUGUAGAUGCUUUUAGUUGGCAAUCUCAGCUUCGUUACUACUGGGAUGAAACCAAAGGUAAUGAAAUUCGUAUUGCAGAUGCUGAAUUUACUAAUGGAUACGAAUAUAUUGGUCUUUGCGGAUGUUUAGUUAUUACCAAACUUACAGAUCGUUGCUACAUUACUCUAACCCAAGCUCUACGUUUGAAAAAGGGAGGUGCCCCUGCAGGUCCAGCAGGAACUGGUAAAACGGAAACAACAAAAGAUCUUGCACGAAAUAUGGGUAUAGCGUGUUAUGUUUUUAAUUGUUCUGAUCAAAUGAAUUACAUAACACUUGGUCAAAUUUUCAAGGGUCUUGCUAUGUCUGGAUCUUGGGGUUGUUUUGAUGAAUUUAAUCGUAUUUCAAUCGAGGUUUUAUCUGUUGUUGCGACCCAAGUCGGUUCUAUAUUAAAUGCUUUGAAAGAACAAAAACAACGAUUUCGCUUUAUGGAUGAAGAAAUUUCAAUUAUUCCAUCUGUUGGUAUGUGGAUUACAAUGAAUCCUGGUUAUGCCGGACGUACAGAACUCCCUGAAAAUAUUAAAUCUCUCUUCCGUCCAUGUGCUAUGGUUGUUCCUGAUUUAAAAAAUAUUUGUGAGAUCAUGUUAGCUGCUGAGGGAUUUGGAGAUGCAAAAGAUCUUGCAUUAAAGUUUGUGACUCUUUACCGAUUAAAUAAAGAGUUACUUUCACCACAGGAUCACUAUGAUUGGGGCCUUCGUGCUGUUAAAUCCGUUUUGUACAUUGCUGGUGCUUUAAAACGUGGUGAUCCGGAUAUCCCUGAGCGUAAUGUACUUAUGCGAGCAUUACGUGAUACGAAUAUGGCCAAACUUAGUAAAGAUGAUGUUUAUGUGUUUAUGGGUCUUAUUCGUUCACUCUUCCCUAACUUAGACGUUCCAAAGAAGGAUAAACCUGAAUUGGUUGCUGCAUGUAAAGAAGUUUGCCGUGAACAAGGUAAUUUACCUGGUGAAAAUGAUAUAUUUAUCUUAAAGUGUGUGCAGUACGAAGAAUUAUUACAUGUUCGUCAUUCUGUCUUUGUUUUGGGUCCUGCCGGAUGUGGUAAAACAGAGUGCUGGAAAUGUUUACAAGGUGCUCUUACAAAGUUACACAAAGAUGAAUGGAAAGCAAAGGCUGUAUCAUCAUGCUUAAAUCCAAAGGCUAUUACUUCAAAUGAAUUAUAUGGCUUUUUUACUCCUAAUAAAGAAUGGAGAGAUGGUAUUUUGUCUUGUAUAUUCCGUGACUAUGCUUUGGAAUCUAAAAAGAGACGUAACAUGAAAUGGAUUGUACUAGACGGUAUUAUUGAUGCAGAAUGGAUUGAGUCUAUGAAUACUGUUAUGGAUGAUAACAAAAUGUUAACAUUGGUAUCAAAUGAACGUAUCCCCUUAACGGAUUCUAUGCGUAUGAUAUUUGAGGUUUCACAUUUACGUAAUGCUUCACCUGCAACAGUCUCUCGUGCUGGUGUCGUUUUUAUUAAUGAAAGUGAUCUUGGUUGGGGACCUUUCAAAGAUAAGUGGAUAGCUACUCGAGAUAAGCGUGAAGGAACAAUACUUGAUAGUCUGUUUGAUAAGUAUGUUCCUUUUGUUUUUGAGUUCUGGAAACGCAGUAUGAAACCUAUUGUAACUUUAAUGGAUAUCAAUGUAAUACAAACUAUAUGUUUUAUUCUAGAAGGUAUUCUUGGGCAAAUGACGAAUGAAGAACUCUCAAAACAUCCGAACUACUUUGAUGUUUGUGAAAAAUAUUUUGUCUUUGCUGUUAUUUGGGCUUUCGGUGGACCAUUACCAGGACAUGAUGGACGUAUUGAUGCAAGGAUGAACUUUUCUAAUCAAUGGAAGAAAGAAUUUCCUAACAUGAAAAUCAGUGACUCAGGUUCUGUUUUUGAUUUUUAUAUUGAUAAGAGAAAAGAUGAAAAUGGUGUUUAUCAGUUUGAGUGGAAACCAUGGAGUGAACUUGUUCAACCAUAUGUUCCAGAUCCUGAUAGACAACUUUCUUCUGUUUCAGUACAAACUGCAGAUAGUGUUCGUAUGUCACAUCUGAUGAGUUUAUUGAUAGAUAACGCCAAAUCUGUUAUGCUUGUUGGAACUGCUGGAACAGGUAAAACCAAUUUGAUUAUGUCAAAGUUACGUUCGUUAGAUAAUGAACAUGUUCUUUUCCGCGUUAUUUCUUUUAAUGCACGUACUUCUUCAAGUGGACUUCAGGCUGUAAUGGAGCAGUCUUUGGAAAAACGUUCAGGUCGUACAUAUGGACCUUUUAACCGAAAGAAAUUGGUAUUCUUCCUUGAUGAUAUGAAUAUGCCUGCACCUGAUAAAUAUGGAACUCAAGAAGCUAUUGCUCUCCUUCAACAGCAUGUAAGUUAUGGUUUCUGGUAUGAUCGUGUGAAAAUUAUUCAGAAAGAGGUGGUGGAUUUACGUUAUGUUGGAGCUAUGAAUCCAAAGUCUGGUACCUUUACAAUAUUGGAUCGUCUUUUAAGGCAUUUUGCUGUAUUUUCAACCAAUAUGCCAGAACGAGCAGAUUUAGUAAGUAUUUAUGGUCAAAUCCUUCAAGCUCAUACACAUAAAUUCCCACGUGAUAUUCGUGAUGCGAUGACAACACUUGUUACCAAUGCUACUAUUGAAUUACAUAAUUUGGUUUCCAAGCAAUUUUUCCCAACAGCUAUUAAGUUUCAUUAUCAGUGGAAUAUGCGUGAGAUGUUUAAUAUAUUCCAAGGACUUUGUAAGUCUAAUCCUAAGAUUCAUACGACACCAAUGCAAUUCGCUCGUCUUUGGGUUCAUGAGUGUAAUCGCACAUUCCGAGAUCGAAUGUCAGAAACAGAUGAUAUGAAUCGUUUUGAUGCUGUAUUUCUUGAAGUGAUUGGACGUGCUGGUUUUAGUGAUAUUAAUCCAAAGGAAUUAGUACAAGAACCACUUCUUUGGGCACCUUUCAUUACAACACCAGAGGGAGAAGAAAAUGUAUAUGAUGAACUAACAAUAGAUGCUGCACAAUCAUUCCUUAUUAAGAAGUUAGAUGAAUACAAUGAUAAUUAUGCACGAAUGAAUCUUGUUCUUUUUAAUCAAGCUGUUGAACAUUUAUGUCGUAUUGCGCGUAUUACUUCUAAUCCACGUGGUAAUGCUUUACUUGUUGGAGUGGGUGGUUCUGGUAAACAAUCACUUGCACGUCUUGCUUCCUUUAUUAAUGGUCAUGAAAUCUUUCAGAUUCUUGUUACUAGCACUUAUGGUAUUGCAGAAUUCCGUAUUGAUAUGCAAGAGCUCUAUCGUAAAUGUGGUCUUAAAGGAUAUCCAUAUGCCUUUAUUAUUACAGAUACACAAAUUGUAACUCAAGACAUGCUUGUAUAUCUUAAUGAUAUGCUUGCUAGUGGUAAUGUUCCUGAAUUAUUUAAUCAAGAUGAACGUGAUGGUAUUGUGGGUUCUAUUACUAAUGAAGUAAAAGCAGCUGGUAUAACAGAUUAUUCAAACCCUGAUGUUUGUUGGGAAUACUUUAUUGACAAGGUACGAUCACACCUUCAUAUUAUUCUCUGUUUUUCACCUGUAAGUAAAAACUUUGGUGCGUGGUGUCGUCAAUUCCCUGCACUUGCAAAUACUACUGUUAUUGAUUGGUUCUUACGUUGGCCUGAACAAGCACUUAAAUCUGUUGCUCGUCGAUUCUUAUCCGAAAUUGAGUUGGGUGGUACACAAAUGACAAAUAAUAUCGCUGACUUUAUGGCAUUCUGUCAAGAUAAAGUUACUGAGACUUGUGAAGAGUAUUAUCUUCAAGAAAAACGUCGAGCCUACACAACACCAAAAUCAUUCUUGGAAUUAAUUGCUUUUUAUAAAGAAUUACUUUCAAAGAAGCGGGAUGAUUUAAAUGAUAGGACGCAACGAUUAGUUAGUGGUAUUGAUAAGAUUAAAGAAGCAGGGGUACAAGUGGCUGCAUUACAAGAAGUUCUUCAAAGGGAAAGUGUAGAAGUUGAAGAGGCAAGACAAAAAACUGCAGCUCUGAUGGAAACUGUAGGAAGAGAAAAGGCUAUUGUAGAAGAGCAAAGCGCUAUCGCCGCUAAAGAAGAAGAAAAAACGAAUAAAAUUGUCGCUGAAGUGGAGUUAUUUGAAAGUCAAUGUGCUGAAGAUUUAGCAAAGGCUAAACCUCUUGUUGAAGAGGCUCUUGCGGCACUUGAUACACUUGAUAAAGCCUCUAUAUCUGAACUAAAGAAUUUGGGUAAACCUCCUGUGGAUGUGCAGAUGGUGGCUAUAUGUGUACGAGUUCUUACAUCAAAUCCCAGAGCUAUUCCAUCCGUAAAGAAUCGUACUUGGGCUGAAUGCAAAAAAAUGAUGAAUCAAGUGGAUCGUUUCCUGGCAGAACUUAAAGGUUUUGAUGUAAAUAACAUUCCCCAGAUUUGUAUUGAUCAAAUUCAAAUGUACAUUACAAAUCCUGCUUUUGAUCCAGAAAAUAUAAAAACGAAAUCUUUUGCUGCAGCAGGUUUGUGUAAGUGGGCUGUUGGUAUUAACAAGUAUCAUUUGGUGCGUUGUGAAGUUCGUCCAAAGGAGGAACGUCUGGCUGAAGCUCAAGAACGUUUACAACAAAGUAAAGCAGCGUUAAAGAAAAUUCAAGAUAAGGUUGCAGAUCUUAAUGCUAAACUUGAAGCUUUAAUUUCACAGUAUAAUGAUGCUGUAGAUGCAGCAAAUGCUAUUGAACAGAAGGCGAAGAAAACACAACUUAAGAUGGAUCUGGCACAACGUCUUGUGACUGGUUUAUCAGAUGAAAGUGUUCGAUGGGGUAAUACUAUUCAAGAACUUAAAAAUGCCAGUGAUCUUUUAAUAGGUGACGUUCUCUUGGGAGCUUCUUUUGUUUCUUACAUUGGUCCAUUUUCAAAGGCUUUCCGUGAGCGUAUUGUAUUAGAAGAUUGGAUACCUAAAGUAAAGGAAUUGGAAAUUCCCAUGACAGAGAAUCUUGAUAUUACUAUGAAUGUUCUCACAUCAGAAGCAGCAGUAGCUUCAUGGAAUAAUGAAGGUCUUCCUUCAGACAGGAUAUCAACAGAAAAUGGUGCUAUCGUGACGAAUUGUACUCGUUGGCCUCUUCUUAUUGAUCCACAACUUCAAGGUAUUAAAUGGAUUCGUACACGUGAAGAAAAGAACGGAUUAAAAGUUAUUCAAACUUCACAAAAAACAUGGCAACGUUCUCUUCAAACUUGUAUAGAAGAGGGACUUCCUUGUGUUAUUGAAGCUUUGGGUGAAUUUAUUGAACCUGUACUUGACGGAGUUUUGAGUCGUCAAACCUUUAAAAAGGGUGGUCAUCAGUUUAUUAAACUUGGUGCGACAGAAGUAGAAUAUAAUAAUAAUUUCCGUUUGUUUUUACAAACUAAACUUGGUAACCCUUCCUAUGGUCCUGAGGUAAAUGCCCAAACAACAUUAAUAAACUUUAUGGUAACUGAAGUUGGACUCGAAGAUCAAUUACUUGCAGUUGUAGUGAAUCAAGAACGACCUGAUUUAGAGAAAAAACGAGGAACUCUUUUGCGUCAAAUGAAUACUAUGACAAUUGAACUUCAGAAAUGUGAAGAUGGUCUUCUUUAUGAAUUAACAAAUGCUACAGGUGAUAUUUUGGAAAAUGUUGCACUUAUUGAAAAUCUUGAAAAUACAAAGAAAAAAGCAAAAGAAAUUAAUAUUUCAUUCGCCCAAGCAGUCGCUACACAGAAGGAUAUUGCUCAAAAUCGUUUGACAUAUACUCAAGUUGCCGUAAGGGGAGCUUUGCUGUUUUUCCAGAUUGAUCAACUAUGGAAGAUUGAUCAUAUGUAUCAAUACUCUUUAGAAGCAUUUAUGGUGGUAUUUAAUAAGGCUCUGAUGAAAGCAACACAACCGGAAGAUAAGAAGGAUGUUGCGAAACGAGUUGAAAAUGUUCUUCAAUCUAUAAUGGAAACAGUAUUCGCAUACGUUUCUCGUGGUCUUUUUGAGAGACAUAAACUUAUCUUAUCCAGCUUAUUAACCUUCGCAAUUCUUCAACGUCAAGGUGAUAUUGACGUGAAACAACUAGACUUUUUGCUGCGAGGUAAAAAGAAAUUGGGUGUACCACGACCUGAGACAGUUGUAGAAUGGUGUCCCGAACCUAAUUGGGCUGCAGUACAAGCUCUCGCAGAUGUUGAAGGAUCAACACCUCCAUUUAAUUAUUUACCAAAUGAUAUGGCUGAGAAUAAUCGUUGGAAACAAUGGACAGAAACAGAAAAACCUGAACUGGAAAAAAUGCCUUCUGAGUGGAAAAAUCUAACACAAUUUCAACGACUUCUUGUAUUGCGUUGUUUACGUCCGGAUCGCCUUACUUCUGCACUUGAGACGUUUGUUUGUGAUAGUCUUGGUCGAUUCUUUGUGUCUGAUCAGACUGUUGACAUUUCUGUUUCUAUUAGAGAAUCAACAACGACUACACCACUCUUCUUUAUUCUUUCUCCUGGUGUGGAUCCUGUAAGAGCUGUGGAGGAAGCAGGACGAAAAAUGGGGUAUACUUAUGAUAAUGAACGUUUAUACAAUGUUUCACUUGGUCAAGGUCAGGAAAUUGUUGCUGAUCGUGCGUUGGAAAAAUGUUUCUUACAAGGAGGAUGGGCACUGUUGAAUAACAUUCAUCUUGUUCAAAAAUGGCUUCUUACUUUGGAACGUCGUCUAGACUCGUAUGCUGAAAUUUAUACACGUAUGGCGCAAUUAAGAAAAGAGAGAGAUGAAAAACGUGCUGCAGCAAAAAAAGUUAUGGAUGAAAAUGAUAAUGAAGAUGAUGCAGGAGAUGAAGAGAAUAAAAGCUUAAAUGAGAAUCACUCUAUGGAGACAUCUGGGACACUGGAGAAGACAGGUGAAGACGUUGGAAAAGACGAUGGAAAUGAAUUGAAAUCACCAGUAGAUGAGAAUGCGGAAGGUGUAAAUGAAGGGGAAAAUAAUAAUAAUGAUGAUGAUGAUGAUGAUAUUCCUUUUGAAGGACCGAAAGGGCAUCCAGAAUUCCGUGUCUUUUUGAGUGCUGAACCUUCUGAUGUUAUUCCUAUUGGUGUUCUCCAACGCUCAAUUAAACUUACAUCUGAACCUCCUACAGGUAUUCGCUCUAAUAUUGUCAGAGCAAUGACUAAUUUUAGCGAUGAACCAUGGGAGAAGAGUGCAAAGCCAACAGAGUACCGUUGCAUUAUGUUUUCUAUGUGCUUCUUCCAUUCUGUGGUUGUAGAGCGGAAAAAGUUCGGUCCGCAAGGAUGGAAUAGAGUCUACCCUUUUAAUACGGGUGAUUUAACAACAUGUAUGGAAGUGGCAGCGAACUAUAUUGAGGAUCGUCCAAAGGUGCCAUGGGAAGAUUUACGUUAUGUAUUUGGCGAGAUUAUGUAUGGAGGACACAUUACAGAUGAUUGGGAUCGUGUGCUGUGUAUGGCAUACCUUAGAACAUACCUCGUACCAGACUGUUGUGAUGGUCUUCAAUUGGCACCUGGAAUUGAGGUUCCUUCACCAAUGAGCUACAAUGAAUAUAUGGAUUGGUUAACAAACGCUGAAGACUUUCCAGCGGAAUCUCCUCUCCUUUUUGGUCUCCAUCCUAAUGCUGAAAUUAAUUAUCGCACAGUACAAGCUGAUGUACUCUUCCGUACAAUUAAUGAGUUACAACCUAAACAACACACUGGAGGAGAUAUGCUUAGCCCACAAGAAGUUGUACAACAGAAAAUUGAUGAACUUCGUGAACGUCUUCCUGAACCUCAUAAUCUUCAAGAUUUGGCAGAACGUCUAGAAGAUGAACGUACACCACAACAACACGUUUUCUAUCAAGAAUGUGAACGCAUGAAUUUGCUUAUUAGCGUUCUAAAAUCUACUCUUGAAGAACUUGAUCUUGGCCUUAAGGGUGCCCUUUCAAUGACUGCGGCUAUGCAAUUAUUAUUUGAUGAAAUUUAUCUGGAUAAACUUCCAGCUGUAUGGGAAAAGGUUUCAUUCAUGUCUUUACGUGCACUCGGAUCUUGGAUGGAAAACUUCCUUGUCCGAAAUGAUCAACUCAUGGGAUGGACUGGUGAACUACAGACUCCAAAGGUAACAAACAUUGCCCUCUUUUUUAAUCCUAUGUCCUUCCUUACAGCUAUUAUGCAAACUACUUCUAUUACCAAUAGUUUCGAUCUCGAUCAAAUGGCAUUGGUGGUUGAUGUAUUGAAAAAAUCUGCUGACCAAAUUGAGACAAGCGCUCGUGAUGGAUGUCACAUUUCAGGUCUCUCUAUGGAAGGAGCCCGCUGGGACACCGCAUCCGCGUGUCUUGACGAAAGCAGAAUGAAGGAACUUUAUCCAAAGAUGCCAAUUAUGACAGUACGUUCUCUGCCACUCUCUAAAAUUGACCGACGCGAUCAAUACGAAUGUCCAGUAUACAAAACGCAACAACGUGGUCCAGGUUUUGUUGUUGGUUUCUGGCUAAAGACAAAACAACCCGCAAAGAAGUGGACAAUUGCUGGUGUUGGGCUUAUCCUUGAUGUAGUAGAGUAA